CAGAAAAUGGUGCUUGAUAGGUCCUUGUUGACUAUGCGUUCGUCAGCUUUUCUUGAAUUAAGCAUUGAAAAUAAUGUCACUAUUCUCUGCACUUGCAAAUGAGGAGCAAAAGCCAGACCAAGGAUGGAGUAAUGCUAAUAUGUUCAGUAAUAGCCUAUCCUCGGAAACUACACAGGAAGUGAUUGACAUCAAUUUUUGGCCAACAUCCAAGCCAGGAAACGUGGUUACAGAACAAAUAGAGCAGUUUGACCCAACUGUCAACCAGUACACUGGACAGACAAUCCAGACUACCCCUGUAACGGUCGACUCCGAUACAUCAACUGCAAAUGUUGAAGUAUACACUGAGCCUGCUGUAUCCGACUCCCCAGUGGUAGAGCAGUCUACAGUACACACCACACCUGGGACUACCAGUAUAAACUUUGGUUCAGGGGAAAGUACACACCAGGCCUACUACUCACCAAGUCAAAAUCAAAUUGUAAUUGUGUCUAAUUCUGGAGGAUCACAGAUACACUCCACUCCAAACACCAACACAGUCUACAGAGUCAAUCAGAAAACAGAUCAAUCUAAAAGUUUGUUACAUGAUAUUGUACGCCUUGCAGGUACCCCAAACUCCAACAUUGGAGCAGGUCAGGGAAUAGUUCAGGCAGAGACUAGUGCAAGAGGUAGAGGAGGAAGGGGCAGGGGAAGGGGUCGAGGAAGGGGUAGUAGUAGAGGUCGAGGUAGGGGGAAAACUUUGAUCAGUGGUACUCAACAAGGCACAUAUAAGGUCAUUGUUCCACAGGUUCAGCCUGUUCACAGACCAUCAAACUUUCUCUUACAAAGUAAAGGUGGUCCCACUGCUGGUUCCUUUGCUAGUUAUAACAUUCCAAAGAUCAAACAGUCUUCUGCUGCUGGUACAGGGACUUCCUGUACACCAUUCUCCUCAAGUGGGACCAACACUGUUGUCACAUCCUUACUGAACUCCAACCCAGGACCUCAUCAAACAGAUGGAGAAGCCAAUGAUUCAGAUGGAGAUUCUAUACCAAUGUUGGAUCAUGACUAUGCUAUUCACAAAGUAACAGAAUCUGCAGUGACUCCAAGUGUGAAUACCAGCAAAGGCCAUACUAGCUGCAUAACUCCGAGUACACCUAAUACAAGUGCUACUUACACGGUUGUACAUAACCCAGGAACAUUUGUUAAUGAUGCCAGCAAGUCUAAUUUCGCUCUGAGAUCUGCUCUUCUAUCAUCCUCAGACAAAAAGAUCAUCAGAGUGGAGGGUCUGUCAACAGGCAGCCCAGUAUACACGGUUACGUCUAGCAGUAAAAGUCCAAUAAAGGAUACAUCACUUGGUGGUCAGAGAACCAAUCCUGUAAGUAUUUCAAAGAUUGUCAAAAUCCCAUUUCUGCCUGGCAUACAGGGAUACAGUCCUGAAAAAUACCAGGCUAACGGUCAGACUUUGAAACAAGUGGUGUCAAAUUCUGGGCAACAGUUAGGAAUGAAAGUUCCCACAAUGGCUACUUCUACUGCACUACCUGCUAUGAAUAGUAAUGCUGUUUGUGCUGAUGAUUCCCAACAAAAUCAGAUAGUGGUCAGCAGUGAAAACAGUGUUGCUUCAGAUACACAGGACUCGUCAAAGUUCAGUGGUACCAGUUAUUCGGGCAGCGGUAUUCCUCCCGAUCUUCUGACCGCUGAAAUCACUAACAAUUUAAAAGCAGGUCAAAAAUACAUCAUAGAUCAUGGCAAUGGAGUCCAAAAGAGCAUGUUAUGGGAUGGCUCAAUAUUUAUAGAAGAGACCAGUGAAUCCAGCCAUCUUAGUGGGGGUGGAGCUGGAGAUGGCAAUGGAGAGAAGGUGCUGAAGGGAAAUGCAACUGGUCUCAAUAUGGUGGCUAAAAGGAAAGUGGGCAGGCCAAGUAAGAACGCAGAGCUGAUAUUACCAAAUGGUCGUACAUUUCUUCAUGCAGACAAUCCUUCAGAGAAAUAUCUUGGCAGACCGGCAAUUCAUCCACUACAUAGACCGUCAUUGGGAACAAGAAAAGAGUUUGAUGCAGAAAGCUCUGCUCAAGAAGAAUCUAGUCAAGGGGACACUAGGACAGAAGAAUCAUCUUGUGUGAAACGACAGAAUGAGGAUGAUGGAGAAUAUGUGGUUCACUGUAAAUUUUGUGGAUACACUAGUGGCAAUACAAACUCAUGUGAACGGUGCUAUAGAAAAUUCCCUGUUAAUGUGAAAAAAGAACCAGUGAAGCGUCAAAAGAUUGAUGAUAAUGAAUCAAAGAAUGAACAAAAUCAAAAUGUUGUGACUAAAGAGUCCUUUUAUGGCCAAAAAAUUCAAGGACAAUCUCAGCCAUACAAAAGUUCUGUGCUUAGUGUACGAAGUGUGACCCAGAGAGGACGGAGGAUCAACACACAGGGGCGAUCCUACAACAUGAUCCGUAUCACACCCAGUAAAAAAUAUGUAGAACCAGUUACUGUGAUUGUAUCAUCAGAUGAAGAAGAGGAUACUGCCACCCAAAUAGCAAAUCUAGAAAAUCUUUCUUCAUCAUGUGUUCAGACUCCAUCUAAAAAUGGCUCUUCGAGUGCUUUACCUAAUAAUCAGAUUAAAAACCGUUCAAAAACUGUCUCCGAAAUGAACGAGGAAAAUGAUGAACUGUCAAAACUUGUGUCAAUCAUUCCUUCUGGGGGUUCCCCAACAUUUAAGAACAGCAGAAUUGGCAAGAUGGAAGACAAGGAAGGGAAUUUAUUGGCAAAAAUUAAUGCCAGAACCACGUCUGACACACCUUCACCAGAACCGACGCCCAAAUUAGACUCGCCAAAGGCCAAUGUCCUCCAGUCAUCGUCAUCAGUGAGUCUCACACUCAAUGCCCGUAGUGUCAAAGUGGGGUCACUGAAGGGCACACCAAUAGAGCCUAUCCUGAUCUCGGACGACGGUGUGCAAAUAUUCAUGGAGUGUGAAGAAAAUACUCAUAAAUUCAACAUAGCCCCUUCAGACAUGGACCAGUGCUUGUUACACCUGAAGAAAUCAACACCGGUUAUAUUUAUUCAUACAACGGUAGACUUUGGAGCCAAACUGAGAGAACAGCUUGACAUGACCAACACAACCCCUCCGCCAAAUUCUACUGAGCCUUAUUUUAAUCCUGUUGACAAAGACCUGAAAUACCAGUACAUAGUGCUACUUCUACAGUCAGUUUCGAUGCAAGAACAGAAAAACACAUUAAAAGUGCUGGAGAGUUAUCAUCAAAGCAUUGACAGCAAAGAUCAGAAUUUCAUUGAGAUGUUGAGUCACACAGAAUCUCAGCAACUUCUCUUAAGCACAUCAUUCUUGUGUAAGAGGAUGCCAACUUCUAGUAUUGAUGAACCCACACUACCAAAUGUUGACAGUACCACAAUGAAAUCCAAUGACAUGAGCUGUGGACCAGACAACUCUGACAUGGACACCAGUCUCGGCCCCCGGGAGCGAUCACCUUCCCCUCCUCGCAUUAUGUUUUCUGGACCAAUAGAAAAGCUGAUAACCUACCCACCUCCUCCAACCCCGGGGGGUAUAGCAGUCACAAAUGAAGACCUGUAUUGUUUGAAUGAAGGCGAGUUCCUCAACGAUGUCAUCAUUGAUUUCUAUCUCAGAUUUCUCUACCUGGAGGUACUGAGUGAAGAGGUGAGAAAAAGGACACAUAUUUUCAGUUCAUUUUUCUUUAAACGACUGACUCAACGGCAGGGCCGGGUGGCAGACUCGGCUCUCACUCCUGCUGAGAGGAGGCACGCAGCAGUGAAGAAGUGGACAAAGCAUGUGGAUCUGUUUGAGAAAGAUUUUAUCAUUAUUCCCAUCAAUGAACAUUCCCAUUGGUUCCUGGCUAUCAUCUGUUACCCAGGAUUAAUGAUGAAUGAAAGUGUCUUCUAUGUUCCGAAGCAUCGAAUAGAGGAAGUGUUUGGAGAACAGACAGGUACUCCAGUACCAGAAGACAGUGAGCAGAUGGCUAACAGCGUGCCCACACCUGGCUCUGACAAUGGAGGCGAGGCUAUGGAGGAGGAUGUGGAGGACAGCGAAGAGAAACCCAUGGACACAGAGACGACGCCCACACCAUCUACACCUCGGACACCAAUGUCGACACCCACAAACACACCUUCCUCCACACCUGCCACCACACCCACCACAACGCCUCUCCACAAACUUGUGUACACACCAUCAUACACAAAUUCCACAAAAUCAACCCCAAAGGAACUGCGGGGUCGGCUGCUACAGAAUCAUGAAGAGGUGGCAGUGGGAAAAAAAGGUUUUGUAGAAAGUGGACAACGAGUGCCAUGUGUAUUGAUCUUUGAUUCGCUGGCUGGCCCAAACAAAGCUAGAAUUGUGACAACUCUGAAAGAGUACCUACAGGUGGAGUGGAACACAAAGAAAGAUGUCAUGUUUAACCUGAAGGAGCGGAUUAGAGGCUGUACACCUCGAGUCCCCCAGCAGACCAACUACAGUGACUGUGGCCUCUACGUGCUGCAAUACGUGCAGAGCUUCUUUGAGGACCCUUUGGUAGACUACUCAUUUCCAAUCAAGUGUUUACAAAACUGGUUCACCGAGGAGAGAAUGAAAAAGAAACGACAGGAGAUUAAAAACUUAGUGAUGAGUAUAAAACUGAAAAACGAUGCAGAAUUACUCAAAAAGUUGCAGCAUUUGCAACAACUCAAACAGCAACAGUUGCAGCAAAGACAGACCGAAAACGAUCGGGCACCUGAAGAACAACAGAACAGCGACAGUGAGAAGUCCUGACGAAGGCUGUGUUGUGUGUGAGAGUUGACUGACAUAAACAUUCAGGGAUCACUACAAUGCCAUCCAUUACCUACCUUCUGUUACCAGGAUGCCAUGUUCAUCAAAGUCUGCGUAGCUUAACAACAGCUUACACACAAUUUCAACUGCAGUCAAACCUGUCUUAAGGGACCACCUAUGGGAAUUCCAGAAAGUAGUCUCUUAACACAGGUGAUUUGUUACUACAGGUUCUGUUAACAGAAAUCACUAAAAUCGCUGGUUGCAUAAGCAUGUAUGACUGUAGUAUAUUUUCAAAAAUAUUUAAAUUGAAAUUCAGGUUCUAUGUAAAAGAACUCAAAACGAUCAUUUAACAAUAAAAAGCACAAAAAUAUUACAUAUUUUUUAGGAUUGUUGUCAAAAACCACCUUUUGAAAAUUGGCCUGAACUCAUUUCCCCCUGAAAUCUCAUAAUGAACUAUUCCAACCUUUGAAUUGGAAGAGUUCAAAGGUGUCUUCAGGAGUAAUUGAGUUAAUGAAUUGUUGAAGCUUAUCAGACUUUGAAGAACCUGGCAUAUAUACCAGUAUGCACCCAGCUGUUGUUUAAUGUACGGGACAUCUGCAUUGCUGGACUGUUUAGGCUUGAGAGGAAGAUCCUUGACCUGAUGAUUGCCAUUUUAGUAUAAGCUGGAAAGGUCUUCAUCAAUCUGAGCAUUCUUUUCUGACAAAUGAGGUUUUAACGGGACAAAAUCAUUCCAACCACAGGAACUGUUAUGUGUUGCAAUAAGGAUUGUUUUAUUUUAAACACUUUGAAUUGAAUACUACCAGUCUAGUUAUAUACUUGACUGUUAUUCCUUUAAAGCACAAGACCUUGAGUAAUGUGUGUAUUACUGUCUGGUGAACACGACGUUAAGAUAGCGUGACCAAUAUUAUACUCAAGUUCAUACAUUUCUUCUGGUGUUAACCAAAUCCUGAAUUAAUUCCUAAGUUGGUUUAUAAUUGUUAUAGUAAGUUCUGUGAAUAUAAUGAAUUAACCACUAAUUCAUACAGUAUAGUGAUCAUAGUUUUUCACUGCAAAGUUGGCCAUUUUCCUUCUCAAUGUUAAUUACUAUUUUUUAACACUUCUCUUUAAUAAUAGUAAUACAUACAUAUGGUUGUGUAUGUUGGAGUUAUUACCUUAUGAUUAGUUUCCAGUGUCACUCAUGUUAAACUAUUCACUCAAAUGAAAUUUCACAUUCAUUCAUGUUGGAUUUCAAUGGAUAUUAAAUGACAUUUAGUUGAUUUAUAUAGCCUACAUAUUUUUUACACCAUUUAGACAUGCAAAACAAAAUUAAAUUGAUAUUUAAUAAGAAAUUUGUGAGCUAGAGUAUAACAUGAAAUCACUGGCCGUGUGAUUCCUGACAAGACAACACGAUAUGAGCUGGUUGCGUAUUUGUAAGGAUAUCAGGUUUUAAUUAUGUUGUUAUCUUAUAUGUUAAAUUUUCUAAAGGUAGAUAUCAAAACACAAAUAUAGAAUGAAGGAUGUUAAGUUUUGAGUGUAAAUGAUAUUAAAUAUCUGAUAAACGCAUUACAGUUAUUAACUAACAUCAGUAUUUCAUAUAUUGAUUUCCAGCAUUUCCCAACAUUUAAAUGAUAGGGUUGAAAUAGCAAUACAAUGUACCAAUAAAUUAAACUUGUCCGAAUGAGGAAAUUUUGUAGUCAUUCUUAUGAUCCAAGUUUUGGGAUAAGUAUUAGGAUUUGAUUUAAAAUUUACCAUGUUCUUUUUUACUAUAGCAUUUAACAUUUAAUUUUAUUAUCAGUGUGUCAUAUUUUGAAGGUACAAAAUUCAUCCUCGGCAUAUGGAUCACUUGUCCUUCUUUUUUUUUAAACAUGAAUAAAGAAAUCUGCAUUAAUGAAGAAUCAUUGAAUGUGUGAAAGCAUGGGCUAUGACAAAGCAAUCAUGGAAAAUUAAAUAGAUAACAAGAUGUCUUAAAAAUCAAUUAAACAUUGUUGAAUAGUUUAUAUUUCAUUCAAGAGCAUUCUGAUUUUGGAUGUAGUGGUACUCGACAAAUCCAUUAUUGUUCUUUCAUUUGUUCAACAAACAGCGUUGUAUGUGUUUAAAUGGUAUCUGUGAUUCACAUAAAAAUGUCCAAUAAAUAACGUGUGAAGUCCGUUGUACAUUGAAACCAUUAUUAUUUCAGUGACUAUCUUAUGUUGUAUCUAUUUGUGUUUUGGAGUUGUUUGGUCCCCAGAUAUCAUUGAAGGGGUUGGCUGGAACAGUAUUGUACCAGUGUAGUAAUAAUGUACUGCAAACCACACCUCAUUGCAUCUCAUCUAACAUGAAUGUGUGAAACUGUAAUAAUUUUCACCAGUUUCACAAGUUAAAACCACCGUUCACAACACCAUUGCGAGGAUUUUUUUCAAUGAUAAAGAAGGUUAUGUAACUGCACAGUUUUAGUAGUAGCAAUGCUGCUACGUUUAAGUUUGUGUUCUAACUUAACAAACUUCCAUGCAUUGGAUAGUUCAAGAACAGGUAAACUGCCAUGGUAUCUAUUUCUAUGAAUGAAAGUUUAAGGUGAUAGAGUUCACAUCUUAUUGGCAGUAUUGGUUUACAAGCAACAUAUUGAAAUGUACAACAACUUGAUUAGAGGUCACACCAGCUCAAUUAAUAGAUGUUUUUCAAGAGUUUUUUUGUUAAAUGUAUGGAACAAGAAUAAUAUAUUGCUAAAAGUGAAUCGGUUCCUUUUAGGCAUCAAGGAGGCAAGCUUCUUACACUGCAUAAUUUGUCAUGGUGCUGUUUGCAGAGUGAUGAAAUGGAAUACAUGUAUGUUUUGUGUGUAAGAAGUCGGGUAAAAAAGGCUAUGCUGAAGAAAUCGUUAUUACUUGUUGAAGUAAUUUAUCUACUGUGUUGGCUCAUCUCUGGGAUUUACUAUUUUACUUUAUGUUCAUGCUGCUAAAGGUCUUUCAUAACUGAUGCUUUUGUGCAAUGCAGAAGCCGUUAAGUAGAAUUCAAUGUGCCUGUAUUUUUCAAAUGGAAAGUAUAUUAUCCUGUUUCAAUAAUAUAAAGUCACUUAAUAUAGUUUACAUAGUAUCUUUAAUACAAAGAUAAAUUUUACAAUAGUAUGUAGGGAUAUAAAACAUCUUGGUUCGAUUGUGUUUUGUGUUUUGUGAAAAAUAAUUUAAACUUGGUUGAAGUGAAUAUCAUGGGAUAGCAGAUUGAUGAUAUGAAAAUUAAGACCUGAAAAGAUAGAGGUGAAAAAGGUCGAACAAAAAUGUAUAACCUUUUCUUAAAAAUCAUAAGGCUUAGAGGUGUAUGUUUUAAUUCCAUAAUAAUCAACAUUUAAAAACUGGAACAAUGGAGAUUAGAUAAAUAGACUUGUAUAGAUUGUUUCCCCCUCUGAUUCUUACCAGCUUUAUAUAUGAAAUAUGUUUGUCACUCCCAAACAUUAUUUUUCGGCACAUCAACAGUUGCUGUUUACGCAUUGUAUGAACGGCCUUGCAUUGUAUAAAUGAAUAAUUCCAGGUCCUGUUACAACAACAAAACACAACUACAUGUAUUAAUAAUAUUUAAAGUGACCAUUAAGGCCCUUGACCUUUUGUUUAACUCGCACCUUCAUCAUGGAAAUUGGAUGCUGCGAAAUGAUGCUGUUACUUAAGGUCUAUAUCUAGCCAAUUCAGUCAUUUUCAAAAAUCCAAGACUCUCAUAGCUCAUAGCCAUCUGUGUCUGGUAGUACAUUGUAUUUGCAACUUGUGAUGACCAACAUCAGUUUCCAGGUUUUUAGAAUGUGAGAAAUCUAAGUAUAGUUGUCUAAAGAUGAUUGUAAGAAUGAGAGGGAGAUUUAUCAUGUUUGAAUGGAGAGAUUAGAUCUGAGUUUGAUGUGUAAGUGAAGGAUUCAUACAAAGUGUAUAAUAACUGUUCUGGGGUGAAAAUGUCUGUAUAUAUUGUAUUAUAAAUUUGAAUACAUAACAUUGUUGGUAAAUGAUGUGUUUUGAGGUUUUGCAUAUUGAUUUCAAAAUAUUUUCAUUUUAAACAUGAUCAUUACAAACAAGAAAAUAAUAAAUCUGUGAUUUUAUUGUGUUGUAAA